GAUGAACAGAGAGAGCAUACGCAGACAGAAACACCAGGAGUAUCUGAACAGCAUCCUGCAGCAUGCCAAGGACUUCAAGGACUACCACCGCUCUAUCACUGCCAAGAUGCAGAAGCAGAACAAGGCCAUCACCACCUGGCACACUAACACAGAGAGAGAACAGAAGAAAGAGACAGAGAGGAUUGAGAAGGAGAGGAUGAGUAGACUUAUGGCGGAGGAUGAGGAGGGCUACAGGAAGCUGAUCGACCAGAAGAAGGACAAGCGUCUGGCGUAUCUGCUACAGCAGACUGACGAGUACGUAGCUAACCUCACUGACCUCGUCUACGAACACAAGGCUGCACAGGCCGCCAACAUGAAGAAGAAGAAGAAGAAGCAGAAGAAGAAGAAGCAUAUUGAUGAGAGCGGGGAAGGGAUGAGUGGCAUCGGGCCUGACGGGGAGCCCGUGGAUGAGAGCAGUCAGAUGAGUGAGCUGCCAGUGAAAGUGAUCCAGACAGAAACGGGGAAGGUUCUGCAGGGACUCGACGCCCCCAAGGCCUCACAGUUGGAGGCCUGGCUAGAGAUGAACCCUGGAUAUGAAUUAGCCCCAAGGUCAGACAGUGAGGAGAGCGGCUCAGAGUUUGAGGAGGAGGUGAGUCUCAUCUCAUUAAAGCAGACCGCCCAUAGAGUUAUAAUGAGUCAACCCCUACAACACCAGACCUCCGCUCAGCUGCCAGCUCCUACAGAUGUCUGACUCCUUUUGUCUUCGCUUCAUUAGGGCUUCAA